UGUUGGGGAACUGUCUUAUUCGCGCUCAAACGGAUUAUUGCGCAUGCAGCAGGAAAGACUAUAGCAGCUGAAAGUAAGAAAAUCGGGUAUAGGUGAAGGCGAUCUUCUUCUCAGGGAUUGGGCACAAACCCGCGGGUUCUGACGUGCAGAGGCUGCUGUGGAAACUUGGAUCAAAUUGUUUUUUCCCCCUGCUUGUUGGUGACACAGUUGAUGGCCGUCAUGCGGAUCGAGUCCGUCGGUCGGUUGUACAUUUUGCGUUUUCGCAUUUUAUAAAAAGCAGUUGGAUGUGUUCUUCACAUCUUUACUUCAGAGGAUUACUCUUUCUCCCAGUGACUAUGGGGUCCCUGAUGUGGGACUGGAGGCUAUCCUGUCUGCUUCUUCACAUGGCUGUGUUGCUUCUGCUCAGCAAGGGGGAGAAGAUCUGCCCCGUGAGCUGUCGUUGUGAAGGGAAGAUCGUUUAUUGCGAGUCAGGCAUCUUCCAAGACAUCCCUGUAAACAUCUCCACGGGCUGCCAAGGUUUAUCGCUGCGCUACAACAACCUGCUGGUUCUGCUGCCCUACCAGUUUGCACAUCUGAAUCAGCUGGUCUGGCUUUACCUGGAUCACAACGCCAUCAGCGUUAUCGAUGCCUUGGCGUUCCGCGGCAUUCGCCGGCUCAAAGAACUGGUCCUCAGCUCCAACAAGAUCGCACACCUGGAGAACAACACCUUUGGCUCCAUACCCAACCUGCGCAACCUGGACCUGUCCUACAACCUUCUGCAGUCCCUGCAGCCCGGCCAUUUCUACGGCCUACGGAAACUCCAGAACCUCCACCUCCGCUCCAACGGAUUGAGGCAGAUCCUCGUUCGCACCUUUCUGGAAUGUCGCAGCCUGGAGUUCCUGGACCUGGGUUACAACCGAUUACGGAGUCUUAACCGCACGGCGUUCCUGGGCCUGCUGAAGCUGAAGGAGCUUCACUUGGAGCACAAUCAAUUCUCCAGGAUUCAUUUCUAUCUGUUCCCACGGCUGUCGAACCUGCAGGCCCUCUAUCUGCAGUGGAACCGCAUACGAGCCAUCAAUCAGGGCUUGCCUUGGACCUGGCAUAAGCUGCUCAAACUGGACCUUUCAGGGAACGAGAUCCAGACCCUGGACCCGGAGGUGUUUCGGUGUAUGCCCCAUCUGCAAAUCCUCAACCUGGAGUCAAACAAACUCAGCAGUGUGCCGGUGGAGGCGGUCGCGGCGUGGACCUCCCUGACCACCGUCAGCCUGGCGGCCAACGCCUGGGACUGCCGGCCCGGCAUCUGCCCGCUCAUGGACUGGCUGAAGGCCCUGAAGGACCCCAGGGACAUCAGCAUGAUCUGCAGCCACCCCAAGGCCUUCCAGGGCGAGCGGGUGGUGGACGUGCUGAGGAACCACUCCCUGUGCGCGCUGGAGGAGGAGCCGACCACGCCGCUGUCCACCACCGCACGCCUCGCCCAGGGCCAACCCGACCCUGCGGUAAGCACCACCACCACCGCCACACACCUCCCCUCCGGGGACAUCCAAGACCUCCAAAGCCCCCCAGGCGGCAACAUGACCAGCCCGCCCGCCUCCGACACCGCGACGGGCCGGGGACGCACCACGACCACGACCCGGGCUCCGGACACCACCACCACCUCCCCACGGGCCCCGUUUCCCGGGGUAUCGUCGCCGACGUUCGCCCCGGAGCCUGAGUUUGAGCACAUGGCCUUCCACAAGAUCAUCGCGGGCAGUGUUGCACUGUUUCUGUCGGUGUCGUUGAUCCUGUUGGUUAUUUAUGUGUCCUGGAGGCGCUAUCCCAACACCAUGAGACAGCUGCAGCAGCAGUCGGUCAACCACAAGCGCCGGAAAAAAGCCCUCAAGCAGGAGGUAGACCCGAACUCCCAGAUGCAGGAGUACUACCUGACUUACCAUUCCAACUCGGAGACCAUGGACUCCCUGGUGGGCGAGGCCAGGCCCUGCACCUGCACCAUCUCAGGCUCCAUAGAGUGUGAGGUCUGAGGUCAGACUACCAGCACACCCUCCCAGAAUGUUUGUGGGCUUUUUUCUUAAGGGGCAAUUGCAAGCGAGGGGGGAAAUGACAUCGACCGGUUUUCCGUUAGAUCCAUCCUAUGGUCUUGCAAAGUGUUAAAGAAAUGCAUGUGUACGCUCUGCGUCCAGUUUGAUGGAUAACGCUGGUGUUCGUGGGGGUUUUAAAUUGGGUGAGGUCCCUUUUUGAGAGAACUGGCCCUAACUGACUUGAUGUGAUACCUUAUGUAUAAAAAAAUGAUAUCUUAAUUCUCUGAGAGACCUACGAGAGAGACUUCGUAAGAGAACAGCUCUACCGUCUUGUAGAAAUGGACUGGAACAGACAAUGAAACCGUGGAUAUGUUACAUUCAUUCAAAUCAUCUGGAUCCUAAUCACACUGUAGGCUUCCUCGCAAAGGAAUUACAAUGUGUGUGUGUGAGUGUGAGCAUGUGUGUGUGUAUACAUGUGUGCUUGUGUGUGCUUCUGUGUGUGUGUGUGUGUGUGCGUGUG